AUGCCCUCUCCAGUCACUGUCUACUCCUCUCAACCUUCCUUCAAUGUCAAGAUGGAGGAUAGGAAGAGAGCAGCCGGCGAUGAUCUUGCGCCGCCUACCAAGAGGCAGGCCGUAAAUGGCAGCAAAGCCUCCGCAGAUGCUGAUAUGCCAUGGGCAAGCGAUCUUGAGAAAUACCAGAAAGAUGCCAUUUAUCGUCAGAUGCUUGAAUACAAACGAGAGAAGGCUACGCUCGAAUUACAAUUGCGGGACAUCCAGAAAAGAUCACUGGACCAUGACGAUCACUUGAGAGUAAUCGAUGCAUGGUGGACGCAGUUGCUAGACGAAGUGAAACUCUUGGUUGAAGAUCAGAUACCUUCGGCAGACGAUAUUGAGGGAUCUUUCCCUACUCAGUUACAAUUCAAAGGCAGCGAAGACUUCUCAAAUCACCUAGCGUCCAAAGCAAAAGAUAUCAAAUCAAAGAUCCAGGCCAUCUUCACCAACCUAAACUCUGCCCGUGGAAGACCAGCGUCUGAUAUCAAGGAAUUUCAAUCAAAACUUAACAAGCUUCUAGCUGCCCAAAAAGAAUAUGUGGUCAAAGUUGACAGGUUACGUACAGAGAAAGAAGAACUGGGCGAGCGAUUGGAAACAGCUUCUUUACGAUACAUCAAGGCCGAAAAGAAACUGGAUCGAGCCAAGAGUACUGCGGUUGCUAAGUUGGAACAACAAGCCAUUGCUGGGACCGGAAAUUCUGCAGGCAGCGGCAUUGGAGGCGUUGAUAGUAGCACUGACACUGAAAUGACCAAUGGUGUUUUGGAGGACAGCAAAGCAUCGCAAACUGCUUACGAGGAGGCUUCCGCUGUUGUUGCCAAGCAGAAGGAACAGUUGGAAACUAUCGUUGCCGAAAAUAAGUUGCUGACCGAGCAGCUGACCGCCGCAACCACCCGAUUUUCCAAUCUCAACGAGGAUGAUUAUGCACGAACUGAACUGUUCAAGCAAUUCAGAGUUCAGCAUGAAGAUGUCAUCCGACGUAUCAACCACCUGGAGGCGACGAAUAUCCAACUGCGAGAGGAAGCGGAAAGAUUUCAGGCGGAGCGUACGGCCUAUCGCGUGGAAGUGGAGAAUGAGCAGGAAGUUAUAACUAGCGAAUUGGAGAGCCAGAUACAAAGAGUGGAAGCAGACUUGACGCGAAUCCGGUCUGCCAGAGACGAAUUACUUGCCGACCUGAGCAUGCGGAAGGCUAGCCAAGACCACGAUCUUACCUCGAGCAACCACUUGAGGGAGCUUAUCACCGGAAAGGAUGACCGUAUCGCAUCAUUGGAACUGGAAGUUGAACGUUUGCGAGCUAGAACUGAUGAAGGGGCGUCUACCCCAAGGCCGGAAAUCGAUUCCUUGAAUUUGGAGCAACUGCGACUAAAGUAUGAGGCUCUUGCGAGGGAGUUCGACUCAGUCAACAAGGAACUGCCAAUUCUUCAAUCUGCAUACAAGCGUGUACAAUCACUUUCUACCAAGAAGGUCAUGGACUUUACUUCAUUGGAGGAGCGAGUGCAAAUCCUUCAAGCUGAGAAGUCAAAGGCAGACCAGAAGUAUUUUGCGGCCAGAAAGGACAUGGACACUCGAAUUCUUGAGGUUAGAUCGCUGCGAAGUCAAAAUGCGAAGAGUUCCGAUAUCAUCGCGCAAUUAAAGGAUGUUGAGACCUCGAACCGCACCCUACUCAGCAACAUCGAAAAGCAAUUAAGCGACACGAGACAGUCUAAUACCACCAUUGCAACGGAGAACAAGAAAAUGGAAGCGGCCAGCCGGGAAGCUACGAGCAAAGUUGAGUCCUUGAAGAACCAGGUUACUGAACUUACGACUUUGUUGAAAACGAAGGACUCCAACAACUCGGCCACGAAGCAACGAAUCCAUACCAUUGAGACGGAGUUGGAGCAACUCAGGGUCAAGUACGAACACGCGCAGAAGGAUAGAGAUUCUUGGAAGACCAAAAGUUUAAGUAACCAAUCGGGUGAAGAGGAGAUGCUCAGGACUCUUGCUCUAUGCACCAUCUGCCGAAAGGAUUUCAAGAACACUGCCCUGAAGACCUGUGGGCACGUGUUCUGCAACAAUUGCGUGGAUGACCGUAUCUCAAAUCGCAUGCGAAAGUGCCCCAACUGUGCAAAGGCGUUUGAUAAAAUGGAUGUCAUGACCGUGCACAUGUGA